CGUUCCGCAAGGUUCAUCAUCUGUAUCCUUACUCAGGCAAGGUACUAACGUCUGCUAGUCGGCACUACUGCCGGCUCUGCUCGGUAGAGGUCAUCCGGAAAGCCUCCCGCCUGGCUGAGACGGAUGUGUCCCGGUACGAGUACUUGUGGCAGCAGCAGCAGCAAUCGCGCGGUUUCUCUCUCUUCAAUCCUUUUCUGCAUAUUUCAUAUAUUAAUAUGGCGACUCGACUGAAUCCCAAUCCCAAUCCCUCUAGGAAGAAAAUUGCUCAACUCGGAAACGGGACUCGAGUUAGGCAUCGACACAUUACCACGAUGCGACCUCCGUAUCAGCUCCGGACCUCCUAUAACGGCCCGGUUUGGUUCCAAACACGUGGGGUUAAGGGAGCAUCGGCAUUGCUCGGAAUCAGCUCAAUAGCAUUAGGCAAAAGAAGGGACGGGAAAAAGAAAGGGAGGUUCUUUGCAGCGUUCUCGUCCCUCAGCAACAAGACGAAGAAGGAAGGAAAAAGCAAAUAUGGUCAUGCAGAAUAUUGCUACUGUUUCGCUAACAGCAGGUUUGGUCCACUGCAAGAAAUGACGAUAAUUUCCCACUGUAGCUCCGCCUCUUGUAUAAACUGUAGCAUCGAACGACGGUGCAAAACGCCAGUCUCCAAACGGAUUCUCCUGACCGGGGGUGCACGGUGAGAAGAAGAAAAAGAGCUUCUACUUACAAGUUACCUCUUCUUAAAGAAACUACUUAAUCGGCCUUGUUCCCCCGUCGUGGAGACUGGAGAAGAUGGAA